CUUCAUUUUGUACGUUUCCAAAUAAUAAUUUUAUUUAAUGAAACACUUUUUGUCAGAAAAUAAAUGCAUAUAAAUUACCAACUGCGUUACCCACUCUAGUCAGCAGAUGGCAAUGUGCGUCUUUCAGGCGAUGCUGAUAGUCUGACGUAUAAUCUAGUGGACGGGACGAUUCUUCAACAACAACUAAAUCUGGUCAACCAUCUCGGUAGCUUGCUAGCCAACAUACCCGAAAUAUUGGAGCUCUUUAGACGCUUUCGGUGAUUAUUAGCCACUGUGUUUGAAACAUUUCCGUCUUAUCUACUAGUUGCCCCAUUUAAUUGCAAUUGUUGUUGUUAGUCAGCUAAUUUAACUGUCGGAUUAAAGUAGAACUAGGCUAGUCGCUAGCUAACUAACAUCAUCGACCAUGAGCUCACUAAUGUACUACCCCCCUGCUAAAGAAGAGGUCUGUUGGACGGAGAAAGAAACUAUCGUGAAAGUGGAGAACGAAGAAGAAGCCGUCACCGUAAAAAAAGAGGUAGAGGGUGAGUCCGUUACAGUGAAAGAAGAGAAAGAAGUUGCAGUGAAAGAAGAGGACGAAGCUUUCCUAGUGAAAGAGGAGGACGUUACUGUGAAAGAAGAUAAAGAGGAAAAGAAAAAUGAGGAUGCCGUUUUUGGAGUUAAAGAGGAGGUGAAUGAUAUGCCUGUCGCAGUGAAGGAAGAGGAAUACGUUUUUGGAGUGAAGGAGGGGGAGAUUACUGUCACAUUGGAGGAGGAGACUGGCGAUCUGAUUAGCACCAGGGAGAGACCAGGCUCUUACUCUGAAAGUGGCACGAGUCCCUCAGAGGAACCAGACCCAGAGACGUCCAAACCAGCAAGACCACAUCACUGCUUUCAGUGUGGAAAGAGAUUUAUCCAGUUAGGGCACCUGAAAGAACAUAAGAGAAUGCACACAGGGGAGAAGCCUUACCACUGCUCCCAAUGUGAAAAGAGAUUUUCCUCAUCAGGGUCCCUGAAAUCACACGAGAGGACGCACUCAGGAGAGAAGCCUUUCCAAUGCUCCCAGUGUGGAAAGAGUUUUACCCGGUUAGGGAGCCUGAGAAAACAUGAGAGAAUACACACAGGAGAGAAGCCCUAUCAAUGUGCUGAGUGUGUAAAGAGUUUUAGCUGGUUAGAGCAUCUAGAAGAACAUAAAAGAAUACACUCAUGUGAAAAGCCCUACCAAUGCUCCCAAUGUGGAAAUAGUUUUACCCGGUUAGGGCAUCUGGAAGAACAUAAAAGAAUACACUCAGGAGAGAAACCCUACCAAUGCUCCCAGUGUGGCAAGAGUUUUACCCGGUUAGGGAGCCUGAAAAAACACGAGAGAAUACACUCAGGAGAGAAGCCCUACCAAUGCUCCCAGUGUGGAAAGAGUUUUACCCAGUUAGGGAACCUAAAAGAUCAUAAGAGAAUACACACAGGUGAGAAGCCUUUCCAUUGCUCUCAGUGUGGAAAGGGUUUUACCCAAGCAGGGUACCUGAAGUCACAUAAGAGGACUCACACAGGAGAAAAGCCUUACCAUUGUUCCCAGUGUGGAAAUCACUUCUCCACAUCAAGUAACCUGAAAAAACAUGAACGGAUACACUCAGUAGAGAAGCCAUUCCACUGUUUUCAUUGUGAAAAGAGUUUUAAGAAGUUAGGGAAACUGAAACAACAUGAGCAAAGACACACAAGCGAGAAACCUAUUUCAACUGCUCCUCCUGUGGAUUGAAAUGUACUUGUUUAAAGCAACUGCAAUCACAUAAAUUUACAUUUACAUUUAUGUCAUUUAGCAGACGCUCUUAUCCAGAGCGACUUACAAAAAUGUAUUAUAAAUGUAUCAAUGCUCCCAGUAGCUAGGUUUCCAUCCAAUUUGUGACAGAUUUUCAUGCGAAUAUUCAAAAAUAUGCAUGAAAAUAUUCACAUUUUCCCAACAGAGGUGCAUUUCCAUCAAACUGACUUGUUGCAAAUAAAAAGCUAUACGUGAUGACAUAGUGCACAUAAAAAGCACUAAGUCGUAUAACUUUUAUUUUAGGCCUACCUAAUAAAUAAAAAAAAGUUAAUGUUUCCAUCCCAUUAUUAUCUCAAGAUCGUUUUUAUUUGUCAAUUGGCAGCCAAGCACUGAUCAUCAUGUCGCCAGCAUACAAAUUAAGACACUCAAUAUUUAUUGGACAGCAUCAAGCUCAUCACCGUGCACUUUCACCACCAUGGGAAUUCAAUCAUAACUUAUUUCAUGUGUAGCUUAAUAAAUUGCAUGCUUUUUGAAGUCGUGAUGGGAGGACCGCACAACAUAUCAUCAUGUCACUGCAACUUUGCUUCGACAUGAUGGUUAUUCUAUCAAUAUUUGUGCAUAAAAGUGUUUUCACCAGAAUUGUUCCGUAGUUCAUUUUACAGACACAAAAAAUCCCACCAAGUUGAACGAACAAGUUGUCCAUCUGCAUUUAUGAAAUUGUACCAACACUCCCUGUUUCUAUCACAUCUGUUUUGAAUUUGUUUUUAUACGGCAUGACUUUACUCGCAUAAAAAUAUUGGAUGAAAACAUUGUUAGUGUGGAAUUAUAUUUACCCAGUUAGGGAACCUGAAAGACCAUGAGGUAAUAAACACAGGGGAGAUGCCUUACCACUGCUCCCAGUGUGGGAUGGAAUAUAUCACAUCAAAUGGACUUCAAGUUCAUGAGAAAACGCAUAUGCUGCUCCCACACUUAUCACAUAUUUUUGACUGAGAAAUUGUGCUUUUGUUGAUGUCACAUGAAAUCAAAUUGUAUAAAGCGGACUUAAAAAUGCA